GCUACCUACUUGGAAGAGCUGGAGGCCGCGGAGCUGAAGAAGUUCAAGUUGUACCUGGGGGUGGCGACGGAGGUGGGGGAGGACAGGAUCCCCCGGGGGCGCAUGGAGACGGCGGGGCCCCUGGAGAUGGCCCAGCUGCUGGUGGCCCAUCGCGGGGUCCGGGAGGCCUGGCUGCUGGCCCUGAGCAUCUUCGAGCGGAUCCACAGGAAGGACCUGUGGGAGCGAGGACGCAGGGAGGACCUGGUGAGGGAUACCCCACCCGGUGGCCCGUGCUCCCUGGGGAGCCAGUCCGCAUGCUCACUGGAAGUCUGUGCUGGAACUCCAAGAAAAGAUCCCCGCGAAACCUACCGGGACCACGUCCGCAGGAAAUUCCGGCUGAUGGAGGACCGCAACGCGCGCCUGGGCGAGUGCGUCAACUUCAGCCACCGCUACACGCGGCUGCUCCUGGUGAAGGAGCACUCCACGCCGCUGUGGGCCCAGCAGAAGCUGCUGGACACGGGCCGGGCGCACGCGAGGGCCGGGGGACACCAGGCCAGCCUCAUCCAGAUGGACACCCUGUUCGAGCCGGACCUGCUGCGCAUCCCCGAGCGCCUCCUGUUCAUCAUCGACGGCUUCGACGAGCUCCAGCCCUCCUUCCACGACCCCCGCGGCCCCUGGUGCGUGUGCUGGGAGGAGAAGUGGCCCCCCGCGCUGCUCCUCUGCAGCCUGAUUCACAAGAAGCUGCUGCCCGAGGCGUCUCUGCUCAUCACCACCAGGCCCACGGCGCUGGAGAGGCUGCAGCGGCUGCUCGAGCAUCCCAGGCACGUGGAGAUCCUGGGCUUCUCGGAGGCCGAGAGGAAGGAGUACUUCUACAAGUACUUCCAGGACGCCGAGCGGGCCCGCCACGUCUUCAGCUUCGUGCGGGACAACGAGCCCCUGUUCACGCUGUGCUUCGUGCCGCUGGUGUGCUGGGUGGUGUGCACCUGCCUCAAGCAGCAGCUGGAGGGCGGGGGGCUCCGGAGACAGGCCACCCGGACCACCACGGCCGUGUACCUGCUCUACCUGCUGAGCCUGAUGCAGCCCAAGCCGGGGUCCCCGACGCUCCAGCGCCCGCCCAACCAGACGGGGCUGUGCUCCUUGGCGGCCGACGGCCUCUGGAGCCAGAAGAUCCUCUUCGAGGAGCAGGACCUGCGGAGGCACGGCCUGGACGGGGCGGACGUCUCCUCCUUCCUCAACAUGAACAUCUUCCAGAAGGACAUCAACUGCGAGAAGUUCUACAGCUUCAUCCACCUGAGCUUCCAGGAGUUCUUCGCCGCCGUGUACUAUGUCCUGGACGGGGCGGACCGGAGGAGCGCGUUGGCCCUCACCGUCCGCUUCCUGUUCGGGCUCCUGAACGAGGAGGCCAGGAGCUACCUGGAGAAGACGCUGGGCUGGAAGGUCUCGCCGCGCGUCCAGGCGGAGCUGCUGGAGUGGAUCCGGGGCAAGGCGCUGAGCGAGGGCUCCACGCUGCAGCAGGGAGCCCUGGAGCUGCUCAGCUGCCUCUACGAGAUCCAGGAGGAGGCGUUCAUCCGGCGGGCCCUGAGCCAUUUCCAGGUGGUCGUGGUCAGCAACAUGGCCACCAAGAUGGAGCACGCGGUCUCCGCCUUCUGCCUGAAGCACUGCACCAACGCCCUGGUGCUGCACCUGCACGGGGCCGCCUACCGGGCGGACGAGGAGGAGGAGGAGGAAGAGGAGGAGGAGGAGGGGGCCAGGCGGGCGUCGGGGCCCCAGACGCUACUGGUUCGAUUCCGCCCCGAGAGGAACGUUUUGCCAGACGCCUACAGCGACCAGCUGGCCAACGCGCUGAGCACCAACCCGAAUCUGAUAGAGCUGGCUUUGUACCACAAUGCCCUGGGGAGCCAGGGGGUGAAGCUGCUGUGUCAAGGGCUCAGACACCCCAACUGCAAACUUCAGAAUCUGAGGCUCGGCAUCUGCCGGCUCAGCUCCGCGGCCUGCGAGGGCCUGGCCGCCGUGCUCCAGUCCAACCGCCACCUCCGGGAGCUGGAUCUGAGUUUCAACGACCUGGGGGACCGGGGCAUGUGGUGGCUGUGCGAGGGGCUGCAGCACCCCGCCUGCAGGCUCCAGAAGCUGUGGCUGGACAGCUGCGGCCUCACAGCCAAAUCCUGUGAGGAUCUCUCCUCCACCCUGGGGGUCAACCAGACCCUGACCGAGCUCUACCUGACCAACAACGCGCUGGGUAACGCGGGCGUCCGGCGGCUGUGCAAGCGGCUGAGGCAUCCCGGCUGCAAACUGCGGGUCCUGUGGUUGUUGGGCGUGCACCUGAGCACAGUCACCCCCAGAGAGCUGGCGGCCCUCCACGGGUCCAAGCUUUUCCUGGUCAUUGGCUGCUGA